AUAACAAUUUAAGAGUUAAAGAGCCGAGAGAGAAAAAGCUUUUGCCAGUUCUUUACACAAAUUCUUUCCCCUUCUGUCACCUGAACAAAAUCCCCUCUUCUUCUUCUUGUUGUUUGUUUACUCUUCCUUCGUUACUUUGCAAAGAGGAGAAACCAUGGCCGGGGCUUUAGUAGGAGGAGCUUUUCUUUCUUCUUUCCUUAAUGUUUUGUUCGACAGGAUGGCCUCUCCCCAGGUGGUGGCCUUCUUCAGAGGGAAAAAAGUCAACGAUAUUAGUCUGCUGCAGAAGUUGAAGACAACAAUGACAUCUCUCAGGGUGGUGCUUGACGAUGCCGAGGAGAAGGAGAUAACAAGUUCAGCUGUGCGGGGUUGGCUGGCCGAGCUUAAAGACGCUGUCUAUAAAGCCGACGACUUCUUGGAUGAGAUUGCUUAUGAAGCUCUACGGCAGGAGUUGGAAGCUGAAGAUCAAACCUUCACAGGUCAGACGCAGAAGCUUCUUUCUUUCAUUAACCCACUUGAAAUAUUGGGGUCGAGAGAGAUCGAAGAAAAAUUAAAAGUCCUCUUGCAGGAUCUAGAUCCCUUAGUUGAACGAAUGGCAGCCCUUGGUUUGAACAACCGCAAUGUAGAAAAUCCAUCAUCGCAUAGAACACCAACAACUUCUCUCGUGGAUGAAUCUGGUGUUUAUGGUAGAGAUGAUGACAGGGAAGCAAUACUGAAGUUGCUUCUAUCAGAGGAUGCAAAUGGAGAAAACCCUGGUGUCGUCCCUAUUAGGGGAAUGGGCGGGGUUGGUAAAACCACGCUUGCUCAGCUUGUCAUUGUAAAUAGAGGAUACCGCUUUCAAUAUUUAUUUCUAGAAGGAGAAUGGAAAACAGAAAAUGGCAUUAAAAGAUCCUAA